AUGGCCUCCAUAUCAGAUACAAACUCCGCACAAACUCCAGUCGGCCUACCACCACCAAGACGAGUAAUCACAACACACAAUGCAGAAGGCAAGGCAAUUAUUAGUCAAGAAGUUGAUAAAAACCCCCCUCGCUUCGACAUUCCCGGAAUGCAUUUUUAUCUAUGCUACACCUUGAACCAAUCACCAGGUAUUCUAGACAACAACCAAGACCUGGCUGCCUACCGUGAUCAGCUACCACAUAACGUCGGACUCAGCAUUCCUGGCGGAACUCUUCUCCGAGUAGUCGACUUCCUACCCGGAGAGUCUGAAGGACCAAUGCACAGGACGAAAACAGUCGACUUUGGUGUCAUUAUCGAGGGGGAACUGGAGCUGAUUCUUGACAGUGGUGAGAGUACAUUGCUGAGGCGAGGCGACAUUAUCAUCCAACGAGGGACCAUCCAUGCAUGGAAAAACAAUAGCGGCACUGAAGUUGCCAGAGGGUUCUUUGUGUUGGUAGACGCAGUGUUGCCAACAGUGAAUGGUUCGAAGUUGGGAGAGGAUAUACCUGUGGAGGAAUUGAAGACCGAGUAG